UAUAAAUAAAUUUUACUGACAUAUUUAACUUGAUUACAUUGAUCAUAAAAGCACUAGUAAUAUGAGUCGUGAACUAAUCUGAAAUGAUUUCCAAUUUCGUUUUUGGAGCAAUAGAUUUAUAAAAUAUAAAAUCAUAGAUUUCAGACAAGAUCACGUAACACAGAGCCUUAUUUGAAUUAUUCUUGUUAUAACUAUCCAAACAACGCAAUCUGCGAGCAUUACUACUUGCUAACAAGUCGUGACAAUUUGUAAACUGUGGACUCAUUUCCCGAUCAGCCAAAUCUAACCAUCAAUCGGAGUUACUAUUUACAAGUUUCAUUCUCAUAGUUUUGAUAUUUCAAUUCAUGAAGAAAUUAGGCUUUCGUUUCUGGAAAGUAAAGAUGAACAAAUUGUCAAGGCAUAAAGUCCCUGGAAUUACACCAGAAGAGCAGUUACUGACAAGGUACAUCUUUCUUACGGGUUUAAUGAUUUUCAUAACAAUGAUUAUUACAAUCUGUAUAGCGACCAUAACAACUAUUCGACGUAAAUAUGCAGAUAAUUAUAUACCAGUUAUGUACUUUUUUAUUGGUAUAAUUCCAAUAUUAGUGUUGAUUCUUGUCAAGAAACUUCAAUAUCUGUAUCCGUUAAAUUAUAUACUCAGCUUUCUUACUGUUUUGUUAUGGUCUUUGGAAUUACCUGUUCUAACAACAUUCAUGAGAUCUGUGAUCUUUAUUCCAUGGACUCUGGCGGUAGUUAUAGCUUGGACUUUAGUCAUAAUCGGACACACGAGGAAAGUGUGCGAGACAGCCAGUCUCACAGCGUUGGCAAUCGCUAUUGGAUUAAUCGUGUUGGGUGCUCUUCUGUUAAUUCCCUUGAGACUUAAUGGAUAUGGAGCGGCUGGAUGCAUAUUUUGUGCUGCAUGCGUAAUGUUAGCUGUAUCGUUGGGUUUAUUCUUAACUGGACAGUGUUUGAAACUAAUCAGUAGUUUGAAGAUGGCCCAAAUCGUAUUACUUUGGUUUCCUUUCAUUACUUGGAUACAAGUGAUAAUUUUCUUCUUCUCAAUAUGUGCUAUAUACAUAUGUAUAUAAAUUGCCAAAAUUAAAGUAUGUGAACGAUAAAACGAUCUUCCUUCAAAAUAUUUGAGCACUUUGUGUACUAAUCAUUUUAUUGUUUAACACUGCUAUCAUUUAUUGAUUUCCUUUUCGGAAUGAAUAUUUUUUGAAACACAUUUUACACUCACAUGUUUUCAGCUAUAUUUAACUCAAGUGGACAGGUUUUUU